UUCAAGCCUUUUUGUGUGUCUAGCCGGCAUCCUUACGUCGACAAAGCACCAAGCAGAGGUUGUUAUUCGUAUUAAAUGUGGGUCGCGCGUGUUCUCUGUAUCCUCGCUAGCGUAUUCCGACGUGUAAUCGUCGUUGUUGCUGCGGUGACAGUUCCAAGUUUGUUGUGAAGCUUGGAGUGACUUAUAUCGUGAGGUCUUACACUUGCGCUAACCUUACACUGUUAUUUUGGAGAUGGGUGACCAAGUGAAGGAAGGCGGUACGGCUUCAAAGAAAGCUCUGAAAAAGGCUCAAAAGGAAGCUGAAAAAGCUGCCAGAAAAGCAGCUCAUAAGGCCGCGGGAAAAGAAAAUGGGUCAGAUUUGAAUAAACAGACUGGCGCUGCCGGCGACGAGGUGGAUGGGUCGCAAGGUCUCUAUGGACAAUACCCCAUGAUCCAAUCGACGGAAAAGCUUCAACGGGAAAUGAUCGAAAUCUCCCAAUGCACUUUAGAACGUGCCGAUCAAAUGGUCUGGCUGCGUGGUCGUCUACAUACAUCUCGUGCAAAGAGUAAACAGUGCUUCUUCGUUCUCCGACAACAACAUUAUACAUUGCAAUGUUUGUUAGAUGUCAGCGAGGGAACUUCGAAACAGAUGCUGAAAUUUAUUUCGGCCGUUCCGAAAGAAACCAUUGUAGACGUCGAGGGAAAGCUCGUCAAAUCACCAUUGAAAAUCGAAUCCUGUUCCCAGCAGGAGGUCGAAUUGCGGAUAUACCAGUUCUGGAUUGUGUCGCUUAGUGAUACUCGCCUACCGCUUCAAGUAGAAGACGCCUCUCGUCCUGAACCCGCGGAAGGCGACGAAGAAGCACUGAAAAUUCGUGUCAAUCAGGACACGCGCUUGGAUCACCGUGUCCUUGACCUUCGCACCCCAGCAAACCAAGCAAUCUUCCGACUUCAAGCAGGGGUCUGCCAUUUGUUCCGAGAGUCUCUAAAUCGACGCCAUUUCAUCGAGAUUCAUACACCCAAAAUUAUCUCGGCAGCCUCCGAAGGUGGCGCUAAUGUAUUUGAGGUUACCUAUUUUAAAGGUAAAGCGUAUCUUGCCCAAAGCCCGCAGCUCUACAAGCAAAUGGCCAUUGCCGCAGAUUUCGAUAGGGUGUACACGAUUGGCGCAGUAUUCCGUGCAGAAGAUUCGAAUACGCACCGUCACUUAACGGAAUUCGUCGGCCUCGACCUUGAAAUGGCGUUUAAGUAUCACUAUCACGAAGUACUGGACACUAUAGCCGAGAUGUUUGUCGAUAUAUUUAAGGGCCUGCGCGAUCGAUACCAGCCCGAGAUUGAUACAAUCAAUAAACAAUACCCCUCUGAACCAUUUAAGUUCCUUGAGCCGUCAUUGCGGCUGGAGUAUUCCGAGGGGGUGGCAAUGCUGCGAGCGGCCGGUGUUGAAAUGGCUGACGAUGAAGACUUAAGUACUCCGAACGAGAAACUACUUGGACGACUAGUCAAGGCGAAGUACGAUACCGACUUUUACGUGUUGGAUAAAUAUCCUCUGGCUGUUAGGCCAUUCUACACAAUGCCUGACCCAAACAAUCAGAUGUUGUCGAACUCUUAUGACAUCUUCAUGCGAGGCGAGGAGAUUAUGUCGGGUGCUCAGAGGAUACACGACCCUGAAUAUCUAACCCAGCGCGCUAAGGCACACGGUAUUGAUAUAUCAACAAUUCAGGCUUAUAUUGAUUCGUUCAGGUAUGGAGCUCCCCCACACGCAGGUGGUGGCAUCGGCCUUGAGCGUGUCGUCAUGCUUUACUUUGGGCUAAACAAUAUUCGGAAGACCUCAAUGUACCCCAGGGACCCGAAAAGGCUUACCCCUUAGGCACGGUCCCGUUAAAAUUGUGUCUUCUACCGUAAUUGAAAAAAUGACUUCAAUAAAAGAAUUAAAAUAAUUUUUCAUUGUUGGAUCCUGC